AUCCUUCCACUGCACCUCGUCCGAUUACAGACGAAGCGCGAUACGGUUCGACUGUGUACAGUGUGCAGUAUCAAUGUUGCACGCGAGGCAUCGACAACGCCGUUGCUUACGUCGGUUUACAAAAUUUAUAAAUUAUACGAUCCCGUAGAUCAAACGCAUCCCGAUCUGACUCUCUCUCUCGCAGCCGACGAGUUUAACCCGACAUACGUAUCUAUCUCUUGACGGCGACAUCGAAUCGUGUUUCAAUAAUCGAUCAACGCAUUUUCACGAUAGUCAACAACAUUUGCAGAAAAAAUAUAGCGCGAUGUCGUGUCGGUGCAUGAGCGUUGUUACGCCAGCGCUACCGGAAGUUCGUAUGAAUAUUCAAUUGGCGCGCGAGUUUUGCGUCGCACGCUCGUAGCAGGCGCGGAUUCGUCAAUCUCCAGAGUUCUCUUUUUUUUCGUAGCAAAUAUCGAUCGGAUGACAAAGUGAAAGACAGAAAGAUAGGAAGACGAGUGCGCGGCUCGCGAAGAGAUAUGUCGCACAAUUCGAACUUGUCGACAUUGUCAUCAUUUUCGUCUACGGAUCAAACGCCGGAUGAUGCGAGGGACGAGUACCUCGCCAGGUGGGAGAUCGCGGUGCUGACCAGCAUAUUUCUCAUCACUCUCAUUGGCAAUGUUAUGAUUCUAUUCGCUCUUUACGCCAGACGACGUUACCAGCGACGAAAGUUCACCAGGAUGUACUUCUUCAUUCUGCAUUUGAGCAUUGCCGAUCUGUUAACAGGUCUGUUCGAUGUUCUGCCGCAACUCGCAUGGGACAUAACGUUCAGAAUGAUCGUCAGAUUUCAGGGUGGAGCAAUACUCUGUAAACUGAUCAAAUUCGGACAGCCGUUCGGUCUGUAUCUCGGUUCCUAUAUCCUGACGGUGACCGCGCUGGACAGAUAUUACGCCAUUUGCCAUCCCUUCAGUUACUGCAGCGUCACGUCUAGAAGAUCGAAAAUGAUGGUUUUUGCGGCGUGGGCAUUUGCCGCUAUACUGUGUGUACCGCAGGUUUUCAUAUUCUCGUAUAAAGAAAUAUCGCCGGGCGUUUGGGAAUGUUGGGCCACUUUUUACCUGAAAUAUGGCGAGGCAGCUUAUAUUACUUGGUACAGUGUCACGCAGUUCCUAUUACCUUUUAUUGUGCUCGUGUACACUUACACGAGAAUAUGUAUAUCGAUUUGGACGAGCAAUACAAUGUCAGGAGUCGUUGGUUUUAAAAAGAGCGACAAAGCUAGUUUCGCACAUCGCAAUCGGGAUCCGUUUAUCUCUAAGGCGUUGAUCAAUACUGUGAAACAGACGAUCGUUGUGGUUACUUUGUACAUCAUCACCAAUAUCCCUUUUAUUGGAUGCGAACUCUGGGCAACGUGGGACCCCAAAGCUUCCACAUCGCCAUUCUUUAGCGGAGCUAUUUUCACCAUUUUAAGCCUCUUAAACAGUCUAACGAGCUGCGUUAACCCUUGGAUUUACUUUGCAUUCAACAAAGAAUUACGCGCGGCGUUGACAAAUUUUUUCUGCAGAAAAAAAGACUAUUCAUUGACCAAUGGUAUAGAUACACAUCAAAAUGCGUCGGAUGUACCUUCUACGACAUCGUCGUUUAUUUCUAGAAUCUCUCGACUUGCGAGUUCAAAGAUAUUCGGAUAAAGAGGAAACGAAACAAAGUUUGCAUUUUGAGGAGGACUGUUUUGAAUAUAAAGAAUAUAUUGUCAAUAGUUGAUGCAUA